UCUCUCUGUUUGGAGAAGGAAGGAUAUAGCUAGGUAGAGAAGAGAGAGAAGGGAUGGGGAAGAGCAGGGUUCUGGUGGUGGGAGGCACAGGGUACAUAGGAAGGAGGAUGGUGAAGGCGAGUCUUGCAGAGGGCCAUGAGACUUACGUUCUUCAGCGUCCUGAGAUAGGCCUUGAUAUUGACAAACUUCAGAUGCUCUUGUCCUUCAAGAACCAAGGUGCUCGUCUCCUUCCGGCCUCUUUCUCCGACCACCACAGUCUUGUUGACGCCGUCAAGAAGGUCGACGUCGUCAUCUGCACCAUGUCCGGCGUGCACUUCCGGAGCCACAACUUGCUGAUGCAGCUCAAGCUUGUCGAGGCUAUCAAAGAUGCCGGCAACGUUAAGAGAUUUUUGCCGUCAGAAUUUGGGAUGGACCCAGCUCGUAUGGGGAAGGCACUGGAACCUGGAAGAGUGACGUUUGAUGAGAAGAUGGAAGUGAGAAAAGCCAUAGAGGAAGCCAACAUCCCUUUCACCUACGUCUCCGCCAACUGCUUCGCCGGUUACUUCGCCGGAAACCUCUCUCAGAUGUGCACCCUCCUCCCUCCCACUGACAAGGUCACUCUCUACGGAGAUGGCAACGUUAAAGUUGUGUAUGUGGACGAAGAUGAUGUGGCGACGUACACGAUCAAAACAAUCGAUGAUCCUCGAACAUUGAACAAGACAGUGUACCUAAGACCACCAGACAACAUUCUGUCCCAACGAGAGUUGAUUGCCAAGUGGGAGAGACUCUUGGGAAGGGAACUUCACAAGUCUUGCUUGUCUGAACACGACCUGCUCUCCUCCAUGAAAGGUGAAAAUGCAGGCAUGGACUACGCGGGGCAAGUGGGAGUGGGGCACUUCUACCAUAUAUUCUAUGAAGGAUGUUUGACCAACUUUGACAUCGGAGACGACGAGGAAGAAGCCUCCCAGCUUUAUCCGGACGUGAACUACACGCGCAUGGACGACUACCUCAAGCAAUAUCUCUAGCCUGAUUUAUUCAUCAUAUCAUAAAAUAUUACUGCAUAAUUAACUGUUUUGUGUGCAAGUGAUUUUUUGACUUUCCCUUCAGUGCUUUUUGCAUAAUCAUGUGUGUUUUGCUUCGAUGUUUGCUUCAUUUUGCAACUGAAUCAUUCCAUUGCCCUUUGAGUCGACGUGAUUCAUGUUGACCAUCAAAACAGAUGUUGUAUUCACUUCAUCAAUCAUGAUGCUUGACCACUCAUUUCCUGCCA